UUCAUCUGUACUAAUAUAUCAAACAUGGUGUUGCUACUGUUACGUAGAUCACUUUUACGAGAUAUAUUAGCCAGUUUAGACUAUUUGUAAGGAACUGUUGUACAUCAUGGCCAAGGAAAAAGUUUCGCAGAGUACUUCACAGGACAAAUCAAAUGCAGACUUGGCGGAGAAGCUACAGAGCGAGGGUGUACCGAUGACCGAGCCUUUGGUAGAACACAGUGGUGAUUUCUCAAGUAAAGUAUUGGCGGAUAUAAGCAAUGAGUUUGAAAGGGUCGAGAAUGAUAAGAGCAUAGGACCAACCGAGAAAAUGGAGUAUAUGAAGGAGUUAUACAAAAAGCUGAUGAUGGAUGAUUCUCUCAAAGGCGACAAGCAAAUGUUGGCCGAUGUAGACAGGAAAAAAAAAGAGAUCGAUACAAAGAAGAAGAACACUCCCAAGGACGAUCAUACAGAGCUGUCUGGGGGCACGACCGAAAAAUACACGUGGACACAGACCCCAGCUACACUGAUAGUGUACAUACCUACAGCCAGCACUGUGAAGUCAAAGGGUGUACAGUGCACGAUAAAGGCUAAAACUCUGCGGCUGUGUGUCGGUGGAGAGGAAAUUAUCGAGGGCUCGUUGCACAGUACGUCCGAUCCAGAGGAAAGCUUCUGGGAAAUCGAGGGCGCUGGGGAGGGCAGACAGAUUGUUUUAACUAUCACAAAAGAGAAGGAGGGGAGCUGGCCGUCACUACUCAAACAAUGAUGGAAUAAUAAAAGAAAGUAAAUACAAGUACGCCUCAGCAGUACACUGCAGUCCACGUGCCAGUACGAGCGGCAAAGUUGUUAAAAAUAUGCAGUUCUGCCUGAAGGUUAUACUUGUUCCGAGUGUGGGUCUCUGGCCCAGGACGUAAUGCCCUAUAUCAAGUCUGCGUCCAAACGGCAGUCUCUGUGUACACAGCACAUCAGUAUGUUGAGAAUGUAUACGCU